AUGUCUCCUCCCCAACACGUCAAGGUCAUCUCCGUCGCUACCAACGCUGCGGUGCUCCUCAUGGGCGCCCGCAACGUCUUCGCGACCGGCACCGCCCUCCCAAUUCCCGGCGAUGACAAAUUUCUGGCGCACUUCGGCGGAUCCUCGUCCACAGCCUUCCUGAUGCAGCUCUUCGGGCUCUUCAUGAUCGCCACCGCCGGCGCCAAGCUGACCACCGUGGUGUACGACGAGGGGACUUUCCUCCGCCAGAAGCUCUUCCUCGUGCUCGGCGUCGUCGACCUCCUCCUCGCGUUCACCGUCUUCAACUACAAGGCCCUGGGGACCGACGUCACGGGUGGGUUUGUGCUCUUGCACGCGCUCGAGGGAGCCGCGUUCCUCCACGACGCGCUGACCAGGGAGCGCAAGGUGAAGCGCGUCCAGCGCAGUGCAUCCACCAGGUCCAAGCGCGCCUGA